CUUUAGAACAAGGCCAUCAAGCAGCUUCAACGUUGAAAAACCGUUACUCUCUAGCCUCUCUAGCAAGAAACCAACGCUAUUAUUAGCAACAUCUUUUCAAAUUCUAUUAUUACCAAAUAAUUUGAUCUCAUCACCCGAUUCACACAAUUGUUUGAAUAAUACUUCUUCUUCAUCUCUACAUUGUUACAUUCAGCCUUCCGAUAUAUUAUUUAUUAAUUAAUCACUGAUAUUUACUACUAUAUCAUCAAAUAUAUAUUACUCUACCAUUACUACUAUCAAAUAACAAUAAUAACAACAAUCAAUUAAUAUCAAAUAACAAGUAAUAACAAGUAAUAAGAACAUUCAAUUUUAAUAACAAAAUGGGUAGAAAGAAAAUAUCAAUUCAACCAAUUACUGAUGAACGUAAUCGUCAUGUAACAUUUAACAAACGUAAACAAGGCUUAAUUAAAAAGGCUAUGGAAUUAUCAAUUCUAUGUCAUUGUCAAAUAUCUCUAGUGAUAUUUAAUUCAGAAAAUCAAUUAUUUGAAUAUUGUAGUACAGAUCCUAGAUCUAUUCUUCAAAGAUAUUGUCAAGUUGCUCAUUUACCUCAUGAAAGAUUAACUAAUACUGAAUAUACUAAAUUUGAUAAGACUGGAAAUAUUCCAACAGGAAGUAGUGAUUUAGGUGAAGAUGUUAAUGUAGCAAGUCAAUUAUCUGAUUCAAAUACUUCAACAACUGGUCAAUCAAAUAUUAUUGCUGCUACUGCUGCCACUUCUUCUUCUUCAAUUGCUGUUGCUGCCACUCCAGAAAAGGAUGAAAAGAAGAAAAAGUCAACCUCAAAGAAGAAGAAACCAUCUUCAUCAGGUAAGAAGAGAAGUCAUGAUGAUGUUGAUUCAUCAGAUGAUAAUACUCAACCAAUGGUAUCAAGUAGUAAUUCUGCUCUUCCUGUAUCUGUUAAUAAUGGUCAACCUAAACCACCACCACUCACAAUUCCAUCUCUUCCAAUUUCCUCAUCUGCACUUACUGAUCCAGGUCAAAUGACUCCUUCAACAUUAAUUAAUAAUGUAUUUGGUGAUGAUUUUGCCAAUGAUAUCACUCCUCUUACACCUGGUAUCUCUGCAGAAAUUAAUAAGGUAGUUCAAAAUGCAACCAAUCACACAAGUGUAUACGAUGCUGUAGCAUUGAAACAUUCUGAAAGUCAAGUUUCUGUCACAACAACAAGUAGUGCAAAUCAAGAAGUUGAAUCUCCAUCAACCAAGAAGAGAAAGACUUCAAAGGCUCCUGCUUCACUCACCAUUACUGUUCCUCAAAAUCAAGGAAAGGUACCACUCAAAAGAAUUGAUAGUAAUUUAGAGUCUGCUGCAAGCUCUUCGACGAUAGAACAACAAAAUGAAUUUGCUCUUCCACCCAAAUUGAAGUCUUCAGAACAACACCAACAAGAAAGUGCUCAUCCAACAACCACUGGUGCAACUCCAAGCUCAGUAUAUGCUCUCGAUACCAAGACUCCUCUCUCAUCAUUGCUUAAUUCAAACUUUUUCGAUACGAGUACGACACCAACAAGUUUGGGCGUUUCUUGGGAUCUUCCUUCUCCUUACACGGUUUUAAAGGAAAAUCAAGCAAAACUUGAAAAGAGCAACAAGGAUAAGAUCUAAUGAGCCCAAUCUCUCCAUCAAAUAAUUAAAACUUUUGUACAUAU